AUGUCGGAUAAUUCGGGCCUCUCUCCAACGCUGUCGCACACGAUAUCUCUGCCCGGUCAGUCGCGUCUGCCAACUUCCAUCCAGCCGUCAUCGCUGCCUCCUGCGCUGCCUUCGGGCCACUCAUCGUCCUCGAUACCCUCGGCACCGGCUCCAACACCGCUACGGGAUGCCCACGGCCGCGUCUUGAAUCCGCGCUCAUGUGUGACUUGCCGGAAGCGCAAGGUCAAAUGCGACAAAUUGCACCCCUGUUCCAAUUGCGCUCGCGCUCACAUCGAGUGUGUCUUUCCCACUCCUGGAAGAGCGCCUCGUAAACCACGCAAAGUUAGCGAUUCAAGAGAUGCCGAGCUGCUCGAUAGGUUGCGCCGUCUCGAGGGCGUUGUCAAAGGCCUCGGUGUAGACAUUGCCAAUCCAGAGUCGUUCCCUGAUGCCCCUCCGCCUGACCACGUAGAAGCCCGCCCUUCAGAGCAACCUGAUGUGACUUGUCCAACCACCGCCAAAUGCCCCGAACUCCCCGACUCCACACGAUCCAACAAACACGGUAACGAAGAUGAGCUAUGGGCGUCAAAAAACAGAUACGUAGACGGAUCCCGUAGUGCCAAUUUCGAAACCAGGUUUGGUCGUCUGGUCAUCAAUGAGGGUCGCUCUCGAUACGUGAACAAUUCUUUCUGGGCCAACCUCAGCAAUGAGGUCGAGGAUUUGAAGGGUAUAAUGAAUCAGGACACCGAUGAUGAAGGCGACGAGUCAUCGCCGAUCCAGUCCCAGCCUGAUCAGCACCAUGGCUGGAUCUUUAGUUUCAGUUCUCAAAAUGUCGACCUUUUGUCUCUACAUCCUAUCGCUGGCCAGAUUGAAUCAUACUGGAAUGUCUACAAGGAGCGUGUAGACCCCCUGGUCAAAGUUCUCCACAUACCUACCAUCGAGCCCACCGUCUUGGCGUCUGCCUCUCAUCUUGCCAAUCUUUCCAAAAGCUUCGAGGCCCUGCUCUUUGCAAUUUACUAUGGUGCUACCACUAGUCUUUCCGAGAGCGAUUGUCUCAGCAAGUUGGGAGAGGAGAAGGGCCUUCUCUUGUCACGCUACCGAUUUGGCGUCGAGCAAGCUCUCGCAAGGGCAAACUUUCUUACCACAGAAGAGAUGAUGGUUGUUCAAGCAAUCGUGAUUUUCUUGAUAUGUUUGCGCAGGAACAACGAUGCCCGCGUCAUUUGGACAUUGACUGGCCUCGUUGUCCGAAUCGCGCAGACUCUUGGUGUGCAUCGAGAUGGUCUGCAUUUCAACCUUCCACCAUUCGAGAUCGAGAUGCGAAGGCGUCUGUGGUGGCAGAUAUGUAUCCUAGAUGUACGCGCUUCUGAGGAUCAUGGAAGUGACCCUACCAUCACCGAGCAAGCCUUUGACACGAAAAUGCCCCUGAACAUCAACGAUGAAGACAUAUCCCCUGCUAUGACCAAGCUGCCCGACGAACGUCAGGGCUGCACAGAUAUGUCGUUUUGUCUCAUCCGCUUCGAGGUCGCGAACACUUUCCGCCGGCUCAACUACAUCCCGCCUGGCGAACCUAAACGAUGCGGCGAGUUCUUUGCUUCAGUCACACUCGAGGACAAGGAAAGAUGGAUUAAUGAAUGCCACAAGAGACUCGAAGAACGUUAUCUACGACACGUGGAUAUGUCGGUUCCAUUGUAUUGGAUUACUGCUACAGUCGCUCGGCUGAUGAUGAGCAAGAUGUGGCUGAUGAUCUAUCACCCGUACCAAAGAAAAGAUGGCGGCAAAAGCCUUUCCGAAGAGACCCGAGAGAAACUGUUCAUCACCAGUCUCGAAAACAUUGAAUAUUCACUACUCAUGGAAACCGAGUCUCGCACAGAAAAGUGGAGCUGGCUCUUCAAGACAUACAUUCAAUGGCACGCACUAGCAUUCCUGCUUGGCGAGCUCUGCCAUCGCACAAGUGGUGAUCUGGUCGAUCGAGCAUGGUCUUCUGUUGAGAGGUGUAUCCAGGCUAGUUGGUCCGUAACAGCCACCAAGGAAGAAUCACGCAGCGGACAUCUGUGGAAACCAUUAAUGAAGCUUCUCGCCAAGGCUCGAACGGCAAGAUUGCAAGCGAUUCGAAAGAAUGAAGCUAUCAAGCAAGCGACACCACCGGGAAUGUCUCCGAUCCUGCCUCAACCACGAAUGGUCCGAGCACCGCUAAGUGCAGCGCAAUUGUCUCGUUUUAUGCGUCCUGCUGCAUAUGGUACACAGCCGAUAGACUCGACCGAGCUGAUGAACUCGCCGAAGAGUAUAGAAGCCGUUGUGCUCAGCGACGAUUCAAUGGACGUCUCACUCCUCGCGCCAGAAUCAUCAAGAAGCAUAGAUCAAACCACCAACCUCGCCAUGGACACAUCUACAACCCAACCCCCUCCUCAACAAACCUAUACCUCUUUCAACGGCCCGUCAUAUCCAGGACCAUCCCCACACCAAACAACAACCCCUCCCAACUUCCACACCACAAACCAACAAUCCCCGAACGGCAAUUUCAAUAUGACCAUGAACAUGACCAACAGCAAUAACGCAACUCCACCCGGCUUUUCCCCAUUCGACACUACAGGAGAAAUCGAUUGGCAGAACUGGGAUCAGCUUGUAAGACAAUUUGGACUCGAGGAUAAUGCGGCAGUGCUGGAUCCCACGGCUGGCCAACCCAUGAAUUGGUCUGGUAAUUGGGGAAAUGCGAAUAUCGGUAGUGGUAGCUGGUUCUAG